CUUCUCCAACGGUCCAGCACACGCACUACGACGCAUAUCCUACUUGCUGUGUGGUGGUUUGUAUACGUGUAGGACCCCGUGGUCCAGUGCGGGAAGCCGGGCUGAGGUUUAAUUUAAGAUAACCCCCCGUUCGUCUGUCCAGUCCAAAGUCGUCUUACCUCCCUUUUGCCUGCUCAUACUUACCUCCGAGCGUCACUUCCAAGCUGCAGCUCGAUAGGCCCUGCGUAUUUCCUCCAAAGUUCUCCCGCUGCCUGCCACACGCACACUUGUUGCUCCCGCCUUGCUGUCAUUUGGUUCGCGCCAAACUUUAACACGGGCAUCCGUCAUCGCUUGUCAACUUGAUCGCGAUAGCUUCCGCCGCUUUCCAACAGCUACAUCGAAAUCUCACUUCCUCUUCAAUUCCCGAUUGGUUCUUCCGUUUCGAAUCCUUCGGCCUGCUCUUCGUCUAUUUGUCCGAGGGCUCUUGCAUCCGUGCUCCAAAUAUCCCACCUCCCCUUUGAUUUAAACGCCCAGGCGAUUCGACGCCAGCCAACGACGGCAAAGAUGAAGGCCAUGAAGGGGCUUAGCGUUAAUCGCAUGAUGAGCACCAUCAAGAAGCGAACGACGAACAGCUUCAGUGGACCCAGUGAUGCGUCGGCGUCGUCGGACCCGCAGAGCGAGGCUCCCGAAGCUAUCGCUGCACGCAGCGUGAGACAAUUUUGCGAGUCUGGGGGGCCUAAUGCCCAGGGUGAUGAAGUACUCUACCUCCCGCCCAUCGUCGAUGCCGCCGAGUCCUCCCCGGCCGCCGCCGCCGAGUGCGCGCGGGUCAUCCGGAAAUACCUCUCAAAGGACAACCAUGCCAAAGCCUCGUGGCAGUACAAUGCCAUCAUGUUGAUUCGCAUCUUGACCGACAACCCCGGCCCGACUUUCACGCGCAACAUGGACAAGAAGUUUACAGAUACGGUCAAGGAACUCUACCGAUCUACGCACGACCCCAGCGUCAAACAAAUACUGUCGGAGACGUUGGAUACCUUUGAGGCCACCAAAUCCGACGACCAAGGCCUUGGCGAGCUGAUCUCCAUGUGGAAGAAGGAGAAAGAGCGCAGUUACAAGCAAUAUGGUGUAGGACCGCUUCCGAGCCGACCCCUCCUAUCUGCCCAACUGACAUACAUGCUCCUUCAGAAGCCAAGGCAAUCCAUGACCGGCCCCGAGCCUAGGACCAUGAAUGUACCCGCAAUCGACUCCCAUUCCCAGAACUACUUCGCUCGAAACCAUACCAACCGGACCUUGCCCAGCCCCGUGGAACUCGCGAGCAGACUGGAGGAAGCGCGAACUUCCGCCAAGCUGCUGUCGCAAGUCGUGGUCAACACUCCCCCUCAGGAGGUCAUCAACAAUGACCUAAUCAAGGAAUUCGCCGAUAGAUGUCAGAGCGCCUCACGAAGUAUACAAAUGUACAUGGUGGCAGAGAACCCGUCCCCCGACAACGACACGAUGGAGCACCUGAUCGAUACGAAUGAGCAACUCCAGUCGGCACUCAACCAGCAUCAAAGGGCCGUUCUUGGCGCUCGGAAGCAACUUGGCAUCGGUCCACGGUCCGAUAACACGAGUCCCGUCAGUCCCCAGGCGGCUGAAUACCAGCAUCCAACUCGUCCACAAGACCAGCACUCCAACCCGCCACAGGAAUGGCAGCAGGCACAAUCGUCCUCUUCUAGUUCGACGCCGGCACCUCCUUUGCCAACGAGGCCAGCUGAAGCUAAUGGCAAGGGAAAGGCUUCGGAAUCAUUCGCACCGCCUGCCGGUCCUCCGCCAAAAGCGCAACAGCAACCUCUGACCGAAGACCCCUUCAGGGACCCCCAUUCAGAGACCAACUAUUCUUCUUGGAGCAGACCCGGAGGAUCCGGCAGCGCAGUGGAACUCUCGGGUGAAGAGCCGCGUCUGGCUUUCGAGCCCUACCACCCAGGCUUCAGCUCCACCCCAAGCUAUCUGGGACGGCAAGACAGUGCUCUUGGCAAGGUUACGAUGCACGGCGCCGAUGCCGCUGCAACGCUUGGUCCCCUGAGCGGUAAUUCGAUCCAAACUGUCGACCUCAGAAACCGUCAGGAGACGCUCCACGAAGAUUCAGACGACGACCUUUAUGAAUCUACCCCCAAGAGCUCCAAAAAGAAAGACCCAGUGUCCAGAUAUUGAUUGGUCUUGGGUUCUAGAAUGAUGGGGUAUUUUCUUCUUCUACAUCUGUUUUGCUUUUGGCGGCAUUUCGGCCAACCUCAAGUUCUACAGCACGUCGGGUUUAAGCGUCUGUUUGCGAUGUCAUUGCAGGUAGGGAAAGGCCUACCUGCUUGAUGAAUAUGAUUGCAAUCACUGGUAUAAGCAUUAGUAAAACACGGCGUCUGGCCAGGGAACCCUGAUAGAAACCAGCCCGUUCACUUUUCUACCAGUUUUUCUUUCUCCAUUUCUUGUCAGUAGCUCCAUUUACUUGGUACACAAACUUUGAUAAGCCAUGAUUGGAACUUUUUCGCGACC